CGUGCUUAUACAUUGCAAAACCUGUGAAACUCUUUAGCCAGAUUGCAACAUCUCCUUUUGGACUGGUUCAAAGUGCUUGCGAUAGGACAUACUUUUUUGCUAGAGAAUAUUACCCAAUUGACGAGGCAGCCGACUUUUGCUGCUCGCUGGGCAUGAAAUUGCUGACCCAAGUGGCCAAAAGCGAGUUGGAAUGUUUGUCGAGGACGAUUUCAAAACUGGAUGCGAAAGACGUGGGUGCGCGUUGGUGGACUUGGGCGAGAGCGUUGGCGCCCGGGGCCACGAAUCUGACUUGGUGCGGCGCGGGAGAAGAGUUUUCGGAAGUCGAGUCGGGCCCGAUCGAGGGCCGAAAUAACAAUAAGCAGUGCGUCGUGCUCAAGGCGAAAAGCGGAGGCGGCGGCGGCGUCUCACUGACUGCUGCCCCUUGCGGCGAAUUCAACAGGCCAAUUUGCAGAGGAAGCUUCGCUCCCAGGCGAACGCACAUUCACGACAACUGUCCGAAAAUUAGCUGCAAAGUCAACAUGGACCAAUUCCCCAUCUCGAGCGAAGUGUACUACGCGAGAGACCCGCCGAAAAAUUUAUUCGCCCUUUCCUCGUUCAUGGACAACCGGCAUUACCUCGUCAGUAGCGUGCAAGCGACGUGGAUCGAGGCGCAGAUCUCGUGCUGCUCGUUCGGAAUGACUCUAAUGGCAAUAAAUGAUCCGUCCAAAUUGACGUCGGCCAAGAAACUCAACUUAGACAAAGCUUUCGCCGAGACUAAUAAAGACAAACCGAGCAAAAUGUUUUACUGGACGGCGGGAUACGGCAGCCCUGAUUCCAAUCAGUUUUUGUGGUGCCACUCCGGAGCAAACCUGCCCAAUUUCAAAGGCUGGACUGAGUAUAACAUAACGACGUUCAAAAACAGCAGCCAAGGUGGCUGCGUUGCAAUGCAGUUUGGUCCCAGCAGAGAGGCGGCUGACUUGAUUCUAGCAAACUGCUCUGAGAAAAAUUAUUACAUGUGCGAGAAAUUAUUAGAUGAAAAUCCAGGCUGCACUCGAGCGACUUGCCCUUAUUUCGGAUACAACGAAGACCUCAAGCUAGCGGUGAAGUCCGACCUGAAGCAAUAUGAGAACAUAAAAGGAAAAGUUUUGUACAGCACUUGCAAAAGGCACUUGUUAAUUACCAGAGACUUGUUCGCUUUUGCGGCGCAGCCGAAAGUUUGCUCAUCGUUCGCGAUGCGGCCGUUGGAGGUGGAAACGGUGCAAGAUUGGAACUGCGUCCACGGAGCCAUUCAAGCUCUGGAGUUUGCCACCGGCGUCGGAUACUUCCUGCCCGUGUCCGACUUUAAUUGUCCCGGCAAAUUGACAUGGUGCAGCUCUGGUCGUCCCUUCAACGUCAGUUUUCUCAAUUCGACUUUUAUCCAAGAAAAUAAAACAGCCGUCGAUUUUGCGUGCGUGUCCCUUUGGAAGACGCCCGGCCUAAACCUCUCCAGCUACAGAGAAUCGUGCUGGCUGAAAACGAAUACGAAGAAGGUGAUUUGUGAAAUUCCUGAAUGAAUCGGAACACUCGGGGGACGCGGGGAGCACAUAAAGAGCGAAGAAAUGUGCGUCUCUCCUGCGAUUUCCAUAUAUUACGCCCGGGGUACAAGUGCGUUUUUCUCACGAAGCAAUCAACUGCUUAGUCGAUGCCUGUCCCUAAUGUGAUGCGACCGGCGUGUGUGUAUGUGUGGAGAAUGAGAGGAGAAAUAAUGCGCCCGUCUUUGUUUUUCUUGUGGCGAGGGCGCGCAAUCUGAUCAAGAUCGGGGAUCAUGAGAUUCAUAGUAAUGCAGCUCAAAUAAAUCAAAGGGAGAGAAAGCGAGCUCUCUUGUUAUGACUUUUCCCUUGAAAUCAAUAAAACAAAAGUGAAAAAUAUAUUACCAGAUAAAAGAAAAAUGCAGUUCAUCUUUGGCAAAGAAAAAAAAAAGAAUAAAAGAAAAUUGAUUGAAUA